AUGGUAGAGUCUGCAGUUCGAAACAGCACCACUGGAGACAUGAACGAAGAACUUCAGAUUCUCGGUACCGAUCGAAACGAAGGAGCCAUUGCCAUAUCCAAACGCAAUGCUGCUCGUGCCGGAGUCGAUCAUUUAGUGAAAUUUCGACACCAAGCCAUUAGUUCGAAUCAAUGGUUCGAGAAUCCUUCACUCGCACCUAGUCGAACACUAGUGGUAUGCAAUCCUCCCUUUGGACAUCGCAUUUCCAAGGACACCAAAAGGAAGAAGGAUCCUUCCAGUUCCUCCUUGUUGUCACUCAUUCAAACCUUGGGACACAAACUCAUGAAGCUUAUUGGCCAAUCAGCUGAGGGUAAUAGUCGUCGUCAAGUGGCAGUCAACAUAUUGGGCACCAAUCCCAAUCUGAUCCGUCGAUCUGGCAUUCCCAAUCUCAAAGUAAGCUUUGCGUCCAAACACGGGGGAAUAAAUGUGUUUGCCCUUGGUCAGGCAUCAAGCGUCACAUGA